UUGGAUAUUCUUUUUGGGCCAUAAUAACGUAACCGGUUGUGCGGUGUCCACUUGAUGAAGUCAGCAGAUCACAGAUAAUCAUGGCAGUGUCAGCAGAUCACAUCCGGGAGAAGCUUAUUAAGGAGCUCGAGGCAGUGCAUGUGGACGUAGAGGACACCUCUCCGGAAAGAUGUGCAGCCAGUUUCAAAGUCCUGGUGGUGUCGGCGCAGUUUGAGGGGAAAUCACUGUUACAGAGACACAGGAUGGUGAACAUGUGUCUAGCAGAAGAGCUGAAGACAAUCCAUGCCUUUGAACAGAAGACCCUCACACCAGAACACUGGGACAAGAUGAAGCAACACUGACACAUUUCCACCUGCUUCAGUUUGCUUCUUGUUUUUGGAUUAUGUGAAAAGGUUCAACUGCUCCAACUAUCUUAUUUCUCCAUCUGUCCCACUGAUACAAAUCUACUGCAAAUGAAAAUAAAACACUUUCCUUCCUUUUUCUGCA